AUGUCUGCCUCGCAACUGAUGCACCGCAUUUUGCGAUCGUCCGCAUCACCGAUUUCUCUCACGACAACAUUUGCCCGUCGCUCGUUCGGCAGCUCCGCAAUUCGCGCCAAAGAUGACAGCAAGCAACCGGAGACGUUGAAUUCGUACUCGGGAAGGGUCGAACACUUCACCGGAGGUAGACAGGAGUUUGGGGCACAGAAACCGGAGCUGGGAGUUGGAGAGAUGGAGGGCAUUACGUUCAAGGUUGAGCCGUUGAGACGGACGGGGGAGGAUUUGGCUACGAUGCGGGCCCGGUUGUUAUAUCAGAGUAGAAAGAGAGGAAUUCUAGAAUCUGACCUGCUGCUCUCGACAUUCGCCGACGCCUACCUGGCUGAUAUGAACAAGACACAGCUAGAGGAGUACGACCGAUUCCUCGACGAGAAUGACUGGGACAUCUACUACUGGGCGACGCAGGACUCCCCCGAAGAAACCGGAGCGGACGUCUCGUCCGUCGCUUCAGACACCCCAACGGAAACCUGGAAGCGUACCGGGGCCAAGAGCGGUGAAUGGUCACAAACUAUCGGCGCCUUCAAGGCCGCAUACCGACCUGUUCCGACACGAUGGGCCGAUUCGGAGAUUCUGAACCUCUUGAGGAAUCAUGUGCGUGAUAACAGUGCUACUGGCUUCCAUGCUGCGAAGAGUAAGAAGACUGGUGGUAGUGGACUUGGAAGAAUGCCUAAUAUUCAGGUGUUUGACUCCUGA